UUCGAACCAAUAGCCGGAGUACAACGAAGACGGGGCCGGGUUCGUUCCCCGGGUUUGUGAUAUACGGCGAGGGCCACGGUUCACCUGGCGUGAUUCAUUUCUCGAUUCUGGUCUAGGUGUGGGCUGUCCUUUAGCAGCUUCCUUCUCGAUCAUGUGGCUUCGAUCCAUCUUCCUGUGCGUGGCUCUUCUGAGCAGCACCGCUUUCGCUACGAAUACAAAGGGCAGCGUCUCGUUGCUGACUUCCACAUUCGACAAGAUCGUUCCAAAGUUCAAGGUAACGCUGGUUAAGUUCGAUGUCACCUACCCUUACGGAGAGAAGCACGAUGAAUUCGUCAAAGUCGCCGAGGAGUCUCAAAACACCCCCGAUUUCUUGGUCGCCGAAGUUGGCGUUCAAGAUUAUGGCAACAAGGAAAACGCCGACCUGGCCGAGCGAUUUGGAGUUAAAAAGGACGACUUCCCCGUGCUGAAGCUGUUCCUCGCCGGUCAGGAGGAGCCGGUGACUUUCUCGGGAGACUUUAAGGCUGACGAGAUCAAAGCUUUCGUCAAAAAGAACUCCGGUAUCAAGCUGCAGCUGAAACACUGUCUUCCCAAGUUUGACGAGCUGGCCACCAAGUUUAUGAAGGAAGAAGACAAGACCAAGCAGGAGGCUGUCCUGGCCGAGGCAAAGAAACUUCAGGAGUCGCUCGAAAAGGAGGCUGACAAGAAAUCCGCAGACGUCUACAUCAAGAUGAUGCAGAAGGUGUUGGAGCGUGGCAAGGGCUUCAUCGACAGCGAGACUGAGCGUGUGAAGAAUAUCCGCAACGGCAAGAUCACCCCGGCGAAGAAGGAAGAGCUCCAGGGUCGUCUCAACAUCAUCGGUUCCUUCGUGAAAGACGAGUUAUGAGAAAGUUGUUACGUGCUGCGUUAAGCGACCAUGGGUUUACUUUCGCAAGCGUUUUCCAUUUCAUAGUCUCCCAGAGUGCUGGACUUCUUCAUGUCAUGAACACUUUGAAAGGGCAUGAAAGCAAUCGUUCUUCAAAGAAGAGGACUGCUUCUCUCGCCAUUCAUCGGUUUUUCUUCCAUUUUUCUCAGUGGCUGCUAGUCUAGUUGUUUUUGUACUUCCGCUGGUUGAGAGAGUGCAAGUUCUUUUUUUACUCUGCUACAAAGUUUUGUUGAACAAGUCAUUUUUUUUUUCAUUGUCACCAUAGACCAAUUUGUUUUUCAGGGAAAGGCAAAUAAAGUUUUUUGUUCAUUAAA